GGCGGGGAUGCUGCUGCCGGCUCCCCCGCCCGCCCCGCGCCACCGCGGCAGACGCAGCGCGGCUCGGAGCGCGCACGGAGCCUCCUGCAGCCGCCGCGGCCCGGGCAGCCCCGCGCCCCGCCAUGGCCCGGAACCGCCGGGAGAGGAGCAGCUGGGGUAGUUUUGCAGAGAAGACUUACGAAUGGAGCUCAGAGGAGGAGGAGUCCGUGAGGAAGGCAGGACCAGUGCAGGUCCUCAUUGUCAAAGAUGACCAUUCCUUUGAACUGGAUGAAGCUGCACUGAACCGCAUCCUCCUCUCGGAGGCUGUCAGAGAUAAAGAGGUUGUGGCUGUGUCUGUCGCUGGAGCUUUUAGAAAAGGAAAAUCAUUCCUAAUGGACUUCAUGCUGCGGUACAUGUACAAUAAGGAAGCAGUGGACUGGGUUGGAGAUUACAACGAGCCUCUGACUGGUUUCUCCUGGAGGGGAGGGUCUGAGCGCGAGACAACCGGCAUUCAGAUAUGGAGUGAAGUUUUCCUGGUGGACAAACCUGAUGGUAAAAAGGUUGCAGUGUUGCUGAUGGAUACACAGGGAACCUUUGACAGCCAGUCCACACUGCGGGAUUCGGCCACUGUGUUUGCCCUAAGCACAAUGAUCAGCUCAAUACAGGUUUAUAACCUGUCCCAGAAUGUGCAGGAGGAUGAUCUGCAGCACUUGCAGCUUUUCACCGAGUAUGGCCGGCUGGCCAUGGAGGAGACAUUCCUGAAACCUUUCCAGUCCCUUAUAUUCCUUGUUCGGGACUGGAGCUUCCCUUAUGAAUUUUCCUAUGGAUCUGAUGGAGGUGCAAGAUUUUUGGAGAAGCGGCUGAAGGUCUCAGGAAAUCAGCAUGAAGAGCUGCAGAACGUCAGAAAGCACAUCCAUUCCUGCUUCACCAAAAUCUCCUGCUUCCUCUUGCCUCACCCAGGCCUGAAAGUUGCCACCAACCCUAAUUUCGAUGGAAAACUGAAAGAAAUAGAUGAUGAGUUCAUCAAGAACUUGAAGAUUUUGAUUCCCUGGCUUCUUAGUCCUGAGAACCUGGAUGUUAAGGAGAUCAAUGGAAACCAUAUCACCUGCCGAGGCCUUGUGGAGUAUUUUAAGGCGUACAUAAAGAUCUACCAAGGGGAAGAAUUGCCGCACCCAAAGUCAAUGCUGCAGGCCACAGCAGAAGCAAACAAUUUAGCAGCAGUUGCCACUGCCAAAGACACAUACAGCAGGAGGAUGGAAGAGGUCUGUGGUGGGGACAAACCCUUCCUUGCACCUAGUGACCUCCAGACCAAACACAUGGAGCUGAAGGAGGAGGCUGUGAAGCUGUUUCGCGGGGUGAAGAAGAUGGGUGGGGAGGAGUUCAGCCGUCGCUACCUCCAGCAGCUGGAGAAUGAGAUAGAUGAGCUCUACAUUCAGUACAUCAAGCACAACGACAGCAAGAACAUCUUCCACGCUGCCCGCACCCCUGCCACACUCUUUGUGGUCAUCUUCAUCACUUACGUGAUAGCUGGAGUGACCGGCUUCAUUGGCUUGGACAUCAUAGCCAGUCUGUGCAACAUGAUCAUGGGCUUGACACUUAUCACACUGUGUACCUGGGCAUAUAUCAGAUACUCUGGGGAGUACAGAGAACUGGGCGCAGUAAUAGACCAAGUGGCUGCAGCGUUAUGGGACCAGGGAAGCACAAAUGAGGCUCUGUACAAGCUGUACAGCGCGGCGGCGACGCACAGGCACCUCUACCACCAUGCCUUCCCUGCACAGAAAGCAGAGCCCACAGAGGGCUCGGAGAGGAAGAAGGUGUAACCCCAGCGUGUUCCUGUCAAUGCAUGAAGGAGGCACGGAAACUUCAUCCUCAGUCCAGCAACUCAUCCUCAUGCCCCUCACAAGCUCCUGCUGCAGAAGAGCGUGAGUGGAGAACACAUCUUGUGCAAGGUGGUUUGGUGCCGUGUGUGACAGGAUGACCUCGGCAUGUUUUUCAUUUUGUUCAUAUGUACAUGUUGGUACUGCCACAACUACAAAGUGCUUUUAAUUUGUAAUAGCCAGCAUACUCCCCAGCUCAUUACAAAGCCUUAUUUUCCCCUUAAUUUGUUACAAAGUCACUAAAACCUCGUAAGUUACAUGAUACUGCAACUAAAACUCUUUCAGACCUUAGCUUAUUCAAAAGCCAACUUAUUUUCAGAUACUUGAACAAGUUAUAACAUGUAACCAAGUUUUUUCUUCCAUUAACUGUUUAAUUAUAAAAACAAAAAUGUAUUAACUCGCUUUAUCAGAAGCAGUAAGGGCACUUCUGCUACAGUACGUUAAUGGUUUGGUAGGGAAAGCGUACUUUUUUGUUGGUAACCGAUGCACAAAGCACCACGUUGUAGAAGUACUGAGAACGUUUUGCUGUAUUUCUGUAUAUACAUCCAUUAUUGCGCAUCGGAAGUGUGUUCAAUGGUUCUAUUAUUUUAUUGUCAGAACUAUUAAAGUUUGCUGUCAGUUCCUAA